AUGAGAAAUAGCAGGUUGUCCGACGCAAUCAAGUUUGCCGAAACUGUCUGCGUCGAGGUCAUAUGGCGAAAGACUGCUCAUCGGAGAGCAGCUGCUGCAAGUGCCGAGGACGGCAUCAUACAGCAGCUGCGUUUCGCGUCAAGGUCUACAGGCAGUAGUCAACCAGCUACGAUCAACCAAUCGGACCAAUCUAGUACUUCCGGCCAGGCGGGCAGUAGUAGCGGACCGAUGUCAGCCACGCCAGCAGCGCAUACUGGAAUUUCGAGCUGUACAACGCAAGACGGAACCAGGAGCAGGGUACUAUUAGCCACAGCGAUCAUCAUCAUGGUGGACGAUAGUGGCAACGAGCAUCCAGUGCGAGCUUUGUUGGAUUCGGGCAGCGAAUGCUACUUUGCAUCAGAACGAGUGGUGCAACACAUGAAGGUUCGGCGACAUAAGGUGAAUCUUCCAAUCGCAGGGAUUGGUCAAGCGUCUACCGAAGUCCGCUGCAUGUUCCGCUCGAUAGUGAAGUCUCGGAUAUCCAAGUUUUCCACCACCAUCGAAGCCUUCGUUCUUCCCAAGGUCACCGUAGAUCUGCCUUCAAUCUCUGUCGAUGCGUCAAGUUGGUCGCUUCCGACAGGAAUCCAGUUAGCUGAUCCGUCAUUCUAUCAGUCCGGAGUCAUUGAUGUUGUGUUAGGGGCCGAGGUAUUCUUCGAUCUCUUCAAUGUUGCUGGUCGAAUCACUUUGGGCGAAUCUCUUCCGUGUCUGGUUAAUUCGGUUUUCGGUUGGAUUAUCAGCGGCAAAACUCCUGAACAACAUUCAAGAUCUUCCGUAGUCUGCAACGUCGCUACCACUGCCGACAUCCAUCGUGACAUGGAGCGAUUUUGGGCCAUCGAGGGUGAUUCAACGGUCGUCCACUCUGCAUCCGAAGCCUACUGCGAGAAAUUCUUCAGCGAAACUACUUGUCGCUGCGAGGAUGGACGGUACAUGGUACGAGUACCGUUCAAGGAAGAUGUUCUGGGCAAACUAGGAGACAAUAAACGUACUGCACUCCACCGUUUUCGCCUGAUCGAGGGUCGUUUCGGGCGCGAUCCAAAAUUAGCCGCCGAAUAUCGUAAAUUCAUGGACGAGUACGAAAAGUUGGGACACAUGGAGCGAAUCGAUGAAUCAGAUGCAGCGUCAGGGCUUGCAUACUUCCUUCCACAUCAUCCAGUCAUUCGCGAGGAGAGCAGUACAACCAAGGUGCGUGUUGUCUUCGAUGCUUCUUGCAAGAGCUCCACCGGAAUUUCCCUGAACGACGCUAUGCUAGUGGGUCCAAUUGUUCAAGAAGAUUUGCGGUCCAUAACGAUGCGAUCUCGCCUGCAUCCUAUCAUGAUGAUUGCUGACGUCGCCAAAAUGUACCGGCAAAUGGUUUUGUUUCCCCAAGACUGCCGAUUUCAUCUGAUAUUCUGGCGUCCUUCACUAUCAGAACCGAUCCGCAUCUACAAAUUGAAGACCGUAACCUACGGCACCGCUUCAGCCCCGUAUCUAGCCACUCGAGUACUGAAGAAGCUAGCGGAGGAUGAGAAGGAGAGCUAUCCUCUAGCAGCGAAGGCAACCUGUGAGGAUUUUUAUGUCGACGAUUUCUUUUCGGGUGCACAGACUGUCACCGAAGCAAUCGAACUACGGGAGCAAAUGGAUGCUAUGUUCAACUCGGCUGGAAUGCAGCUACGAAAGUGGGCGAGCAAUUACCCUGAAGUUCUAGAAGAAGUUCCGGAAAACAACCGUGCCUUGCAACCUUCGAUGAAUUUCAACAAGGAUCAGUCCAUCAAGACACUGGGUCUACACUGGGAACCCUGUUCUGACCAGUUGAAAUACAUCGUUCCUGAAGCAACAGCCAAGUCCUCAACAGUUGUAACCGAUGGUUCCAUAAUGUGGGCUUGUGACUCUAUCACAAGUGCACUCAUAAUCGACUGUAUAACAGUGUUGUAG